GGUUAAGUUAGAGCGCAUCAGAGGUGGACUCUCUUGAAUCGAGAAUUCGUCCUGCAGCACGGAUAUUAUGCGCCCUAGGAGCUUCGCUAUCGCCUUUCUGCUUCUCGCCGCAGUUGUGAGCCAAAGCCGAGGUGGUGCGGAUAAUAUGAAGGAAAUGCUGAAGAGGGUAGUUGAAGAGAAGAUAACCGAUCCUUACAGCAAGCAGCUGUUUCUGAGCAAGUUUUCAGAGAUGCAGGACUGCCUUCUGGACAUGGCAUCAAUGACCUCUGCAUUAGCCAUACAGGUUGUCAACAAGAUGGUACCGGACCUAAACGACUGUGGUGCAAAGCUGUCGUCCGAGCCAGACGACAAGAAAGCAGACGUGAACUGCGAGUGA